CAAAAUGCAGAGAUCCAGUAUAAUCUUUACAAAGCAGAAUAAAGCAGUGUCAGCGCACAAAUGGAACUAAUUAGAGUUAAAAAUACACCUGCAUACAUAGUCAAUUGAUUUUUUUUUUUACAAAGGUGGCAAGCUAUUCAAUGGGAGCAGGAAAAAUUUUCAACAAAUGAAAUACUUUGUGAGGUAACAAUUAGAAGUAAAAAAAUGAAACAUUGACCCCCUACCUCAUAGCACAACAAAAUUUAAUUUGAAAUUAUCAUAGACCUAAAUGUCAAAGAAAUAAAAGACAGAAUACCUUGAUGACCUAGGAGUAGGCAAAGAUUUAUUAGAAGACACAAAAAGCAGUACACAGAGAAAAAACUGAAGUUUGGAUUUCACCAAAACAAACUUUUGCUCAAGACACCUUCAAGAAAAUUAAACGGUAAAUCACAGACUAGGAGAAGACAUUUGGGAUACAUAUAUUUGACAAUGGGCUUGUUUCCAGAAUAAAUAAAUAAACCUGUAAAUCCAUAAUACUAACAAAAACCACUCGGGCAAAACCGAGGAGCCAAAUGCUUCACACACCAAAAAAAAAGAGAAAAAAAAAGUGGCCAAUAAGUACAUGAGAAUGUGUCCAACAUCAUUAAUUAUCGAGGAGUUAAAAAUUAGAACCACAAUACACCAAGUUACAUAAACAAGAAAACUGGCCAGGGUGUGUAUUUACUGGGUGUGUAUCUAGUUCCUUCCUCUUACUCUGCCGGUGGGAACGCAAGUGGUAAUGAUCUGGGAAAACAGGUGGCAGUUUCCUGUGAAGUUAAACAUACGCCCGCAAAAACCGGGGGAAGCGGUUCCACUGUAAACGUUUCUGAAAACUCAGAAUUGUACCAUUCAAAUCUGAGUACUUUAUUUAAUCUAAACUUUACCCCUAUGUUAGCAAAACAAAAAAAAAUAAGAUAAAAUGAAAAUCAAAAAAGCAAUUCCCACGGGUCCCCACAGGUGGGGAAAGCAGGGAGCUGGAGAGGAAAGGAAACCGCGUGGGGAAGGCGGGGCGGGGAGGCUGCGCGCUGGCGUUGCCCUGCCCCUCUCCGCUAGUUGCGGUUUCGAUUUCCCCCGCGGCUCUGCCUCUCCCCGCCGGCAUCCUGAAAAAGCGCCUCCUGCUCGCUGUGCGCUUUAAAAGCGGGGCGCUGGUGCGGUGGGCCUGUGCGGGAGCCCAGCUGCAGGCAUGACGGCCGAGGAGCGGCGGAAUCUGCACGCCUUCCGGGACUAUGUCACCAAGAUUCUGGACCCCACCUACAUCCUGAGCUACAUGGCCCCCUGGUUUAAGGAGGGUGAGUGGAUUCAGUCAGAGAGUGGAAACACUAAUGAGGGCGAAUACUGGGGAGCACACCUCGAGCAAUCAGAGUCCCAAAAGCGUUAUUCUGGACUUUAUGAAGCCAUUGAAAGUUGGGAUUUCCACAAAAUAGAAAAGUUGGAGGAACAUAGAUCGCUUUUAAGGCGUUUGCAACCAGAAUUUAAAACCAGAAUUAAUCCAAAUGGUAUCCUUCCUGAACUAUCUGAAUGUUUAAUUAAUCAGGAAUGUGAAGAAAUUAGACAGGUUUGUUCCAACAAGGGGCCGAUGGCAGGUGCAGAGAAAAUGGUUGAAUGCCUUCUCAGAUCAGACAAGGAGAACUGGCCCAAAUAUUUGAAACUUGCUUUGGAGAAAGAAGAGAGCAAUUUUAGUGAACUGUGGAUUACAGAGAAUGGUGCAAAAGAGGAAACGAAAGAGCUUGAGGAUGAGGAAAUAGAAACUUCCGACGUACAGAUUUUCUACAAGGAAGAACCAGAAUGCCAGAAUCUUAGUCAGAAUUCAUGUCCACCUUCAGAAGCAUCUUGUACUCAGAGCCCAAUUAAGCCAAGAAAUUACCAACUAGAGCUUGCUCGUCCUGCUUUAGAAGGGAAAAACACAAUAAUAUGUGCUCCUACUGGUUGUGGGAAAACCUUUGUUGCACUUCUCAUAUGUGAACAUCAUCUUCAGAAAUUUCCACCAGGACAAAAGGGGAAGAUUGUGUUUUUUGCUAAUCAACUCCCAGUGUAUGAACAGCAGAAAUCCGUCAUCUUAAAAUAUUUUGAAAGACAUGGGUACAAAAUUGCAGGCAUUUCUGGAGCCACAGUUGAGAAUAUCUCAGUGGAACAGAUUGUUGAGAACAAUGACAUCAUCAUUUUAACGCCACAGAUUCUUGUGAACAGCCUUAAAAAUGGGACUAUUCCAUCACUGUCUGUCUUUACUUUGAUGAUAUUUGAUGAAUGCCACAACACCAGCAAACUCCAUCCUUACAAUGUGAUCAUGUUUCAUUAUCUAGACCAGAAACUUGGAGGAUCUUCAGACCCACUGCCCCAGGUCAUUGGGCUGACUGCCUCGGUUGGCGUUGGGGAUGCCAAAAACACAACGGAAGCCACGGAGUAUAUCUGCAAGCUGUGUGCUUCUCUUGACACAUCAGUGGUGGCAACAGUCAAAGACAACUUGGAGGAACUGGAGGGGAUCAUUUAUAAGCCCCAGAAGUUUUUCAGGAAAGUGAAAUCACGGACCACCAACAGAUUUAAAUGUAUCAUCUCUGAGCUGAUGAAGGAGACAGAGAGUCUGGCAAAGAGCAUCUUUGGUGAACUCGGUACCAUAAGUCUCGAAAACUUAUCUCAGAUUCAAAACAGGAAUUUUGGAACACAGAAAUAUGAACAGUGGAUCGUUGCAGUUCAGAAAAAGUGCGCGGUGCUGCACCUGCCAGACAAAGAAAAGGAGAGCAGGAUUUGUACAGCACUGUUUUUGUACACUUCACAUCUGCGGAAAUUUAAUGAUGCCCUCCUUAUCAAUGAGCAUGCACGGACGAAAGAUGCUUUGGAUUACUUGAAAGACUUCUUCAGCAAUGUCCGCUCAGCAGGAUUUGAUGAGAUAGAGCAAGAUCUCACUCGCAGAUUUGAAGAAAAGUUGCAAGAACUAGAGAGCAUUUCUAUGGAUCCCAGCAACGAGAACCCUAAACUGAAGGACCUCUGCUUCAUCUUGCAAGAGGAGUACCACUUAAACCCAGAGACCAGAACCAUUCUCUUUGUGAAAACCAGAGCACUUGUGGAUGCUUUAAAGAAAUGGAUUGAGGAGAAUUCUAAACUCAGCUUUCUAAAACCUGACAUAUUGACUGGACGUGGCAAAACAAGUCAGAACAUAGGAAUGACCCUCCCAGCACAGAAGUGUGUACUGGAUGCAUUCCGAGCCAGUGGUGAUAAGAAGAUUCUGAUCGCCACCUCAGUUGCUGAUGAAGGCAUCGACAUUGCUCAGUGCAAUCUGGUCAUCCUGUACGAGUACGUGGGCAAUGUCAUCAAAAUGAUCCAAACCAGAGGCAGAGGAAGAGCAAGAGGUAGCAAAUGCUUUCUUCUGACUACUAAUGAUGAUGUAAUUGAAAAAGAAAAAAUAAACAUAUACAAAGAAAAAAUGAUGAAUGACUCCAUUCUAAGCCUCCAGGCAUGGGAUGAAACAGUAUUUAAAAAAAAGAUUCACCAGAUCCAGAUUCAUGAAAAAUUCAUCAGGGAUAGUCAAGGAAAAGCAGAACCUGCACUUGAUAAGAAAAAUAAAAAACUGCUCUGCAGAAAGUGCAAAGCCUUUGCUUGUCAUACAGCAGAUAUAAGAGUGAUAGAGGAAUGCCAUUACACUGUGGUUGGAGAUGCUUUCAAGGAGUGCUUCGUGACUAAGGCACACCCCAGACCAAAGAGUGUGGGGAUUUUUGAGAAGAAAGCAAAGGUAUUCUGUGCCAGACAGAACUGCAGCCACGACUGGGGCAUCCAAGUGAGGUAUAAGACAUUUGAGAUCCCAAUCAUAAAAAUUGAAAGUUUUGUGGUGGAGGAUAUUGCAACUGGAGAGCAGAGACUGUAUGCAAAGUGGAGGGACUUUCAUUUUGAGAAACUACCAUUUGAUCCUGCAGAAAUGUCCAAAUGACCUCAGUCAGACCACAAGCUUCGACUACAGCGAAUGGGUGAUCGUGAGUGAAGAAGAAAUUAUCCCUAGUAGGCAGAUCGCUUGUACCACAUGAAGAUAUUUACCUAAGGCUUGUACUGUACUAAAUAUUUAUCACUUUACUCACCUUCUGUUCAUAGUUUUCAACAAUUUGUACGAUAUCAUAUACGUAAAGCACAUAGGAGUGAAUCAGACCCUCCAUGAUUCCUAGGCCAAUAGGGCUCUAAGUACUUGGGACAAAUUUUAAAGCCUCACCUUGUUCUCUUUCUAUUCUUCCCUUUGGAACCAACUGUCAGUGUAUACCCAGUAGCCCUCAGUAUACAUUAGAAUAAAUAAAUGAAUGGAUGGAAUGUU